UUUCUACGCCGCAUUUCACUUCGUACUUUCGUCCUGCCAGGCGACUGGUACACGCUUUUGCUAGCGUGGUGCGCGAGAAAAAAGAAAUCUCGAGUUAUUCCGCGAAAAUCUGCAUUAAUUUUUCGUGUUUGUUGGCGCGUGGGUGAAAGGAGGGAAACCAAGGACGUCGUGCGGAUACAAGAUCGACAGCCAAAAACAGGGGCACGACUGUCCUUUAAAGCGAUCUUUAAAUAAAACGCGUGCACUGUGAUAACGAGAUAACAGCUUUUUCGGGCGCACGAUCGAGAUAAUGUUGUAAACAAAGAGGAUGACAGUGUUCUCGGGACAAAUUCGUAUCGCUGCGAGUAACGUGAGACAUAUUUCCUCGGGAGUGAUGUUUAGGUUAUCUUGUUGGAUUAUCAUCGAGAUCGGGACACGAUGAGAUACCAUGGAUAUUUUCCACGAAAAACUUUCUGAUUUCUCGUUCGUUUUUCGUCUGAUGGAACUUCUGCCGAUGUUUUCAGACAUGGUUAACGUGUUCGCGACAAUGAAAGCGGCGUGCAUGACUUGAAUCAGGUUAAGUCAUUCCGAAGUCCGCAUUGUUACCUGAGACGUUACUCAGAAUCCCUGGGAAAAGUUUAUUUAAACAUCAGUUCGUUUUUUUUCCGCAUCGUCGAAUACGAAAUUUUACGUCACAAGACGAAGAAGGGAGACCAGUUUAAAAUUAUAUCUGUAAUCUAAUUGAAAGGCUGGAAGGGGGAAAAAAAUACAAUAAUAAAAUACAGUGAAAGAAAAAGUGGAAAUUGUCGAACUGAACGAGAUAAACGAUAUAUACUGUUCGAUAUUUGAAUUUUAAUGAUCAAGAUACCACUGACUGUUUCAUCGUUGUUAUAAUUUGUACUUGAAAAGUAAACCUUGUUACAUACAGUUUGUACAUUCGCGUCGAUUUUAAGAGCAGUUUAUUAAAUGAAAACGAUUUUAUUUAUCAUAGUAAAUCAGCACAAUAAAAAAGAAAUAUUUAUUUCUAUUUAAUAAGAUUUCAAAGCAAUCUAGAUUAAAUCUUCCAAGCGUGGUGCUAACAAACACUUGUAUGAUAUUUGUUUAUUAGUAUUUCAACUAGUAAUUUAUAUUUAUUUUGAAAGAUUGUACAGACAUUAAAGAAAACUGAAGUAAAAUUUUGCGCUGUUUGCUGCAUAAAUCUCAUAGUUACUAUUUUCAUUUUUCAUAUCAGUGUAGUCUUAUUUUGUAGUCUGUUAAUAAGAAUUAAAGUCUUGUUCAUUUAACAGAUGAUAUGCUUUUAAAAACCUAUAAUAUUUUAUGUUUAUAUUAAAAGUUACAUUAUUUAUAUGAGGUUAAGAAGUAUAACAGGAUCUUUCUUAUGCACUUUGCCUUAUCUAUUCUAGACUAUAUUGUUAGAAUGAAAUGCAAUAAUGACAUCAAAUAAGUAAAUAAAAUUUACACUUAAAAGCAAAUUGUGACAAAUAGUAUAUAACAAGUGUUGACCUGUGAUGUUAUGUGGUAUAUUUUAAAUACAGUGUUCGUGCCAUUCCUGUCGUAUGCAAGACAUUGGCCACAGUUAAUGCCUCGUGAGCGUCCUCGUGAGAAUUACAGAGAUUUAGGACCUCCUUAAGCAAAAUUUGCCUUUUAGUUUAAAUUUCAAUAAUACGGUCUACCAAACAUCAAUCAUGACAGAAAUCAGCAUUCAAGAUUUACAGAAACUUCUCAUAUACUUCUCGAAAAACACUUAUCGAGCUAAGGAUGCAGACAGCACGAGUACGAGAAGUAUAGAAAUCCAAAUAUGUGUGAUACACCGCCGCCACUGCCACGCGCAACAGAAACUAUAUAUGAAAGCAUGUACGAUCCGAAUAAAUUGAAGGAAUUGAUAAAAAGUGCUAGAUUCGCCAGGUGUCGUUCAAGAUUUCCACUGCCAGUAAUACUGUAUAAAGGUAGACACGUAUGCAGAUCAGCCACGCUGUCCGGUGGACCAGAAAUUUAUGGUAGAUCUGGAUUAGAUUAUUUGUUUGCUGGUAGCGAAGGGAUAGUAUCUAUUCAGCAACAAGUGGACGAAGCUCGCGGAAGCGAAUCUGUACUUAGCGAUUGGCAAUUAUUUGACAAAGUUAGGCAUCAAGAUAUUAAACUCCUGAAAACACUUAACGUAGGAACAAUUAUUGAUUUCAUGGUUGAGAAGAAGAAGGUCAAGUUUGGAAUGAACGUGACGUCCUCGGAGAAAGUAGACAAAGAGAAGAGGUACUCAGACUUCACCCUAAUUUCACUGCCAUAUCCUGGAUGUGAAUUCUUCAGGGAGUUUAGAGAAAAUGAUUAUCAGGCUAAGGGUCUAGUGUUCGAUUGGUCUCAGACUCACGUAGAUGCACAAAUUGGCGUGCCUGAGGACUCGAUUUCUACUCAAUUAAGAAUCAGUUGGGAACAGUACCAAGUCUGGGAUCUAGUCAAGCUUUCACAAAAUUAUUUAAAACUGAUAUUAAGAUAUUUGAGUGAUAGUAGUAGUGGAGUAUUGAUACAUUGUAUCUCGGGUUGGGAUCGCACACCAUUAUUUAUUUCAUUGUUGAGGAUAAGUUUGUGGGCUGAUGGUGCAAUUCACACAUCGCUAAAUGCGUUUCAAAUUCUGUAUUAUACGAUAGCGUAUGACUGGAUGCUGUUUGGUCACGAUUUGGAAGACAGAUUAAGUAAAGGAGAAGAAAUAUUUUUCUUCUGCUUCUAUUUCCUAAAGCACAUUCACGACGAAGAAUUUAGCGUUCAUCCGCGUCAUAGCAGAUCCAGGCAUGCAGUUCUACGCAACGACAGCGACUCGCAAUUAGAUAAUGUUAUGUUCGAUAGUGAAUCGGUAGUGACCCUAAGUUCGGUCAGUUCCAACUUGAGUCUGAAUAGUUGGUGUAGCUCUGUUAGUCAAAACAGCAGGGAUAGUCAAGAUAAUAAUCCACCAGCAGUGUUUCAUUGUGCUUCCACGGAGAGUCAAGACGAUUGUCACAGUAACGGGAAUGUUGUACCAUGGUCAUUUUAUCCUUCUCCAAACAAGGAAGGUAUCGCUCAUGGUUCACGGUCGCCCCUUCCUCCGAAUCGGACUUCUCCUGUAGCGGUUCCUGUACCAGGACGUCUCCGACAACGAAACGAAUCUUCGUCGUCUGGCGGUUCUUGGCAGAUGAUAUCAGGAACCGGAAGUUUACGUGGUUCCACGACUGCCAAUGCCCCCCUCGCGGACGGAUUAACGUCUUCUAGUUUAGUGUGCAAACCUCUUUGCGAAACUUGUACAGGACACGCGUCUCUAGAAUCGAGUACGACGAUUAUCGAAGACGAAGCAUGUGCAUCGUUAGCACAAUCCCGGAGAGAAAAGUUACAGUGUUUAAGAAGAAUAUUUUAUAACGCUUAUAGCCAUACUGUUGGAUUUCGAAUGAAAGACAAUUCUGAAUCGAGCGGCUUCGGCCAGCUACUCGGCAAUUUUGCCGAAAAAGUAGGAAUCCUUUCUGUUCAACGCACAUCCUUGUGACUACAAUGUCAUUAACUUCCCACGAUCAUGAGUUCAUUGUUAUUGAUUCCUUGACUCAAUUCAGAAUUUUAUAAAAACGCUAUGCAAUGAAAAUAAAACAACUGUACAUUAUCGUUUAUGUGAAUAACGCAUUGUUAUACAAGCAGCAGCGUAUAUAUACGCGUGGCAUAAAUAAAAAAAAUUGAUAUUUUUGUAUAUAUAUAUAUACUAUAUAUAUAUAUGUAUAUAUAUAUAUUUACAUGUAUAUCUGAAUGUAAAUACGUGUCCAACUAUUUGUUUGCUUUAGAUUUAUCACAUUCAAAUGUAUUUAUUACUACUAUCUGUAUGAAAUUAAUACUAGCACAGAUGUGUAGUAAUUAGCAUUAAAAAAAAAUUAUAAGGAUGUUGAAACGUACCGAAAGAAU